AGGCUGAUACCGUCUAAAAAUGAGUCAGUUAUACGAUAGCAUUGAGCCAAACAUUAUUGACGAUGAAAUGGUUCAGAAAGCCAUUGAAGAGCAGUGUCCAGAGGACAUAUGGAACCUUGCCAAAAGGGAAGGUAUUAACUUUAAGGAUGUGACAGAGCUACGGCUUAGUUUUAGAAAUAUCCUGCACAUUGAUAAUCUGUGGCAGUUUGAGAAUCUGACUAAACUGCAGCUGGACAACAACAUCAUUGAGAAGAUAGAAGCUCUGGAUAGCCUGGUCCACCUCGUAUGGCUGGAUUUGUCCUUCAACAAUAUUGAAGUAAUUGAGGGCCUGGAUGCCCUUGUCAAACUGCAGGACCUCAGCCUCUACAACAACAGAAUAUCUAAAAUUGAGCACAUGGACACGUUGCAAGAACUGCAGAUUUUCUCCAUAGGGAGGAAUAACCUGACCACUCUGAAAGAUGUGAUCUAUCUCAGGAGAUUUAAAAGCCUACGCACGCUGAAUCUCACGGGGAACCCUCUCUGCGACGAUGAGCAGUAUAUGCUGUUUGUUAUUGCUUAUCUUCCAAAUUUGGUGUACUUGGACUUCAAGCUCGUGAGUGACACCAUGAGAGAAGCUGCAGCUUUAAAGUAUCAGUAUCUUACUGAGCCGUUGGAUGAAGAGGAGGCCCAGGCCCUGGCUCAGCUGAAGGAAGAGCAGGCAAAGCAGAAGGAGCUGGAGUACCACAGGGCAGCCUUUGUUGAGCACCUGAAUGGACCACUCCUGUUUGACAGUCUGUAUGUAGAGGAUAAAGAAACUGCCAAACUGGCGCACCUCCCCGAAGUGGGUGACCUGCUGCAGGAGUACAGAAAGGAGUUUGUCUCAGUUUGCGAGAACCUGUUUAAUGAGCGUGAAAAACGAGAAGCUGAAGUCUCCGUUUUCUAUGAAAGCCUUUGUGAAGCAUUAACAGCCAACCAGGAAGAAGGGAGGAAAAUAAUCCUAGACUUUGAAGACCGGAACAAAAUGAGGCUGGAUGAGAUUCAGAAUGCCAGCAGUUACGAUAUUGCUGAGUCUACACGAGCCGAGUACAAGGAGGACAUACUUCAGCUGUCAGAAACGCUCAUGACCUUGGAAAUGCAGAUAGCUGACCAGCUGGAGGAGCUACUAAAGGAAUUUAAAGCAAACAUUGCUGUCGUAGCAUCAACGUUCAUUGAAAACGUUAAAGGAAUAUAUCCUUUUGACAUGACCCAGUGUCGGGACCUGGAAAACCAUCACCAUGAAAAGCUGCUAGAGAUCGUCAUGGCCACACUGGAGAAAUCAGCCAAGAAUGAGCUUGACGAGGAUUUGCCAGCUGAUCUUCAAACGCUUCUUGCGGACAAAAACACCAUUGUCAACGCGCUCAACGUGUCCCAUGGCAUCCGCCUGCUGAAGAUUGAUAAGCGAGGGAGCGACAUCCUCUGCAGCACCUACAGCUGGCAGGCCUCCGUCACAGAGAAGGCUUUCCAAAAUGAGAUCGUCAGAAACCGCGACCGCGUCAAAGAGAUCGUUCAGUACAUCGAUAGUCUCCAGGAGGAGCUGGAUAACCUGGAGCCGAUGGAAUAG